AUGGCCAGGCAUCGAAAGAGGGUGGUGACCGGAGAUCCCAAUCCCCCUCUCCUAAAGAAAGAUGAGAAGCCCCCUGUGUUAUAUCGCAAGGAGAAAAAAAAGAAGAAAAUGGACAUUGGCAAAAUAUUUAUCAACAUCUCCAUUGUUCUCUGCUUGGUCAGUCUCAUCUGGUUCUUCUAUGCUCUUUACAUGCGCUCCACUCUAGCCAAGCGGGUUGUGACAUUGCACCCGUCACCUCGUGUUCUGGAUGCCAAUUCCACCAGUGCAACUGUAUCGCCAGAAAGAUUCUGGGGUUCCUACAGGCCUCAGGUCUACUUUGGCAUGAAAACAAGGAGUCCAAGGUCAAUUGUAACAGGUAUGAUGUGGAUGAAUCAGUUUUCAGAAGUCAUGGAUGUGAACCUUAGGCAUACCUGCGAGCAAAGUGAUCACUUGCAAGGUUACGGCUGGUUGAUGCACGACGGGAUGAACUUCGGCAUCCAGGAAAUCAAAGAAAAAAAUUUCACACUGACCACCGAGUUUGUCAAGAGAGUGGGAGGGGAUCACGGUGGAGACUGGACCUGGAGGGUCACAGCUAAGCAACACAGCUCUGCCCCGAAGCCGGCAGUCAUCUCCCUGAUGUUUUACGCUGCGGCGGAUACCCAAGGCUCAUUGGAGGCUCAUGUGGAGGAAAAAGACCGCCUCGCUUCCAUUACAGGCGUCUCAGAAGAGCUUGGCAAUUUCAAGAUAACGUUCCAAAAACCAGUUGCCGGGGAUUUAAAAAGUCCUAAAUAUGCCAGUUACAACUACCUUCAAACCCACACUCCUGGCUUAGAGAAGCUCACUGACAUUGUGAAGCACAGUCUGAACCAGAGGUUUGUCUUCAGCCCACCGUCCGGCGAAAAGAGGGUGUACAUUGCCGUGGAUUCCUACAAGCCCCCCUUUCAGCCCAACCAACAGAAGCCACCCUUAGAGUCCAGAAAAGAGGGUGACUUUGUGGUACACCAGGUCACCGUUCAGAUGCCUUUUCAAAUGGAAGUGCUCUUCGAGUCAGCAAGCUUUCGCAGCCGGCAGAACCAACUGGUAGGACCGAUCAUGACUCAGGAGCUGGAGAAAAAGAAAGCUGAGUUUAAUGCUAGGUUUGAAAAUACGUUUGGGCUCGGAAGAAAAGGUUACAGUCAGGCUUACAUUAAGUUUGGGAAGGCGUCGCUCAGCAACAUGUUGGGCGGAAUGGGCUACUUCUUCGGCCAGUCAGUGGUUCAGUCCAGCUAUAAUGAACAUCCGCUGCUGUACCCUGAAGGGGCAUUAUUUACUGCCGUUCCAUCGCGCUCUUUCUUUCCACGAGGUUUUCUUUGGGACGAGGGUUUUCACCAGCUGCUGCUUAGUAAGUGGGACCCCCAAGUGACAAGAGAAACAGUCUCCCACUGGAUAGACUUGAUGAACAUGGAAGGCUGGAUCCCCCGUGAGCAGAUCCUUGGAGAUGAGGCUCGCAGCAAGGUCCCUACUGAGUUUGUAAUUCAGCGGAACGAGAACGCCAACCCGCCUACUCUCUUUUUAGCUCUUCAGGAACUAAUUGAGCAGUUCUCAUCAAAUCCAGACAGCACAGAGUUGCAGGCCACUUUACCAUUCCUCCGACGAUUGUACCCCAGACUCAAGACCUGGUUCGAGUGGUACAACACCACUCAGUCUGGGCCUUGGCCCAACUCAUACCGCUGGCGUGGCCGUGAUAAGGACACCAAUCUGUUCCUCAACCCCAAGACGUUAACCUCCGGUCUAGACGACUAUCCGCGGGCCUCGCACCCAUCAGCACAAGAGCGCCACGUGGACCUGCGCUGUUGGAUGGCUCUGUCCUCUGGUAUUAUGGCUCAGAUUGCUAAACUUUUAGGUGAACCUCACCAAGACUAUGAAUCCACUCACCAAGUGCUGACAGACAACAACCUGCUGAAUGAGCUUCAUUGGUCCGAGCAACUUCGCGCAUUUAGCGACUACGGCAACCACACUCAAGACGUAAGCUUGCAGCAGGAAAUGAUGUACAUCUACCACGGACAUCACCGCCAACAGAUCACACGACUUGUCCGCUCUGUCCGCAAGGCUCCAAAACUGCAGUAUGUCAAUGCUCUGGGUUACGUCAGCUUGUUCCCCUUCUUACUGCAGGUUCUUCACCCAGACUCUCCCAAAAUGGAACACAUCCUCAGAGACAUGAAAGAUCCCAGGAAGCUGUGGACAACGUACGGUUUGCGCUCUCUCUCCAAAGCUGAUCCGUUGUACAUGAAGAGAAACACAGAACAUGACGCUCCCUACUGGCGAGGACCGGUGUGGAUCAACAUCAACUACCUGGCUGUGAGAGCCCUUCACCACUACAGCAACAUACCGGGGACAUAUCAGAAGCAGGCAGCUACUCUUUACGAGGAACUCCGGACUAACAUAAUCAUAAAUGUUUACAGACAGUAUGCUGAAACGGGUUACAUCUGGGAACAGUACAAUGAUUCCACUGGCAGGGGUCAAGGAAGCCACCCCUUCACUGGGUGGUCAGCCCUAACAUUACUAAUGAUGGCUGAGCAGUACUGA